AUGGCAAGAAGCGUUAUAAGGAUUAGAGCUGAUUGGCCAAAAGGAUAUUUUAGGAAGGCGGAAGCACUUGUAAAACUUGAAAAAUAUGAUGAAGCGAUUGAAAAUUAUUAUAAUGCAAAAUUAAAGGAUCCACAAAAUCACCAAAUAUCUUUAAGAAUUGCAAAGACAUUAAUAUUAAAGGAUAAUAAAGCAAUGGGAUUGGCAAUUUAUACACUUGUACCGGGUCGAGAUAUUUGCCUAUCAAAAAACUCUUCAAUGAUAACGAGCCCAAUACAAAAAAAAAUUCAUGAGUUUGCAAUAGAAAUGAAAAAUCUUAUUCAUCUGAUAGUAGAUGUCGAAACUAAAAAGUGUGUUGUAAUAGACGCUUGUUGGGAUAUUGAUGGGAUUUUAAGAUUUAUUAGAAAGAAAGAUUUAAAUUUAGUUGGUGCAAUUGUAACCCAUUAUCAUUUUGAUCAUGUGGGAGGUUCACCACCGCCUCCAUACAAUCAACUGCCAAUAAAAGUUUCGGGUCUUUACACCCUAAUGAAACGAGCACCAACAAUAUCAUGCUACAUAAAUACACUAGAUCUCCCAUAUGUUCUAAAAUCAAAUCCUAAUCUUUUAGAAUUCCAACAACCACAACAUAAUCAUCGUAUAAUACCCACCACGAAUCAAUUCAUAUUACCGUUAGGUAAUCUAACAUUAUUGAGAUUUUUGCAUACACCAGGUCACACUGAAGGAAGUCAAUCAGUGUUGGUGAAUGAGACAAGAUUGUUUACGGGUGAUGUGUUGAUGUGUAGUUGUAGUGGUAGGGUUGAUUUGCCAGGUGGUAAUCAAAAAGAGAUGAGAAAAACGUUGAGAGAACGAUUGGCUCGGUUGGAUGAUCGUGUUAUCAUUUAUCCGGGUCAUGAUUAUGGUGGUGAUUGGACUACUGUUGGACUUGAGAAAAGAAAAGGUGUUAUUGGUAGAUUAAAAAAACAUUUGAGUGUCUAA